AUGGUUUUUAUAGCUUUAGAAGCAGUAAGUCAGAAGAACAGAGUGGCGUUCUCUUGUAUCUUGGACAUCUUGGGAAAUAUUGGCGGAGCAUUUUUGGGGUUAAUUGCUUGGAAGAUACCACACUGGAGAAAUUUGAUGAGAGCUAUUUAUGCACCACUUCUAAUUGUAGUAUUUUACACGUUCCUUGUGGAUGAAGGAGUCAGAUGGCUUUUAGCUCACGAUAGAAUAGAUGAAGCGGUCUAUGUACUGAACAAAGUAGCAAAAACCAAUGACAUCACGCUUUCCAUUAAAUCAAAGGAAAUGCUUACUAAAAUAUCUGUAGAUAAGAUUAAAGCAGAUGAGAUGGAUCGAUCAGUACCAGUAGAAACGCCCAGUGUAUCAUCUGUUUUAAGAUCAAAGACUAUUUUUAUCCGGAUGGUCAUUAUUGCAACAUCUUUCUUUUGCUGCAUGUUCUUGUUUAUUGGAACCAUUGUCAAUUCUACUUCUUUUUCUGGCAAUCAAUAUUUAAACUUUUCUGCAAUGAUGCUAAUAGCAGUGCCCACUAGGAUAGCCAUCGUAUUGACUCUGACAAGGUUUGGAAGAAGAGCGCCAAUAUGUUUAGCUUACUGCCUGUGUGCGAUCUUUUUUAUAGUAUCUGCUUUUGUGCCAAAAUCAAUCAUCUCUGCAAAAUCGGCAAUGACGUGGGAGACCGCCUUAUUGUACAUGGCAGCAAUAUGUAGUAAUUAUGGAUUUUUCUCUAUGUUAAUGGUGGCCAUGGAGGUGUUCCCCACCACCUCGCGCAACUCACUUACUAACAUCGCCAACACUAUUGGUCGUCUUGGGUCUGCGCUGGCUCCGCAGACUCCUUUAUUGGAGCAAUAUUAUCCAGGAUUACCCAACAUGGUGUUUGGUCUGGCGGCGCUGGGCCCAGCCGUGCUGGCCUUGUUUCUGCCUGAAACGAGUCAAACUGACCUUCCCGACAAAAUAGCUGCCGCUGAGAACAUUGAUGCCCCGAAGUAUCGUAAAAAUGAUGCCGCUGUA